CGGAGCAGCGACGGGCCGGCGAGCCAUGGCGCUGGGGCUGCAGCGCGCAAGGUCGAGCACAGAGCUGCGCAAGGAGAAGUCCCGGGACGCAGCCCGCAGCCGCCGCAGCCAGGAGACCGAGGUGCUGUACCAGCUGGCGCACACGCUGCCCUUCGCUCGCGGCGUCAGCGCGCACCUGGACAAGGCCUCCAUCAUGCGCCUCACCAUCAGCUACCUGCGCAUGCACCGCCUCUGCGCCGCAGGGCAGUGGAGCCAGGUGGGAGCAGGGGCAGAAGCUCUGGAUGCCUGCUACCUGAAGGCCCUGGAGGGCUUCAUCAUGGUGCUGACCGCCGAGGGAGACAUGGCGUACCUGUCGGAGAAUGUCAGCAAACACCUGGGUCUCAGUCAGCUGGAGCUCAUCGGACACAGCAUCUUUGACUUCAUCCACCCCUGUGACCACGAGGAGCUCCAGGACGCCCUGACCCCCCGGCAGAGCCUGUCCAAGAAGAGGCCAGAGGCCCCCACUGAGCGCUGCCUGUCCCUGCGCAUGAAGAGCACCCUCACCAGCCGCGGGCGCACCCUCAACCUCAAGGCAGCCACCUGGAAGGUGCUGCACUGCUCCGGACACAUGAGGGCCUACGAGUGCCCCGCACAGCCUUCCCCCGCCGGGAGCCCCCACUUGGAGCCCCCUCUGCACUGUCUGGUACUCAUCUGUGAAGCCAUCCCCCACCCGGGCAGCCUGGAGCCCCCGCUGGGCCGGGGGGCCUUCCUCAGCCUUCAUAGCCUGGACAUGAAGUUCACCUACUGCGACGAGAGGAUCGCGGACGUGGCCGGCUACAGCCCCGACGACCUGAUUGGCUGCUCUGCCUACGAGUACAUCCACGCGCUGGACUCAGACGCGGUCAGCAGAAGCAUCCACACCUUGCUGAGCAAGGGCCAGGCAGUAACGGGGCAGUACCGCUUCCUGGCCCGGAGUGGUGGCUACCUGUGGACCCAGACCCAGGCCACAGUGGUGUCAGGGGGCCGGGGCCCCCAGGCGGAGAGUAUCGUCUGUGUUCACUUCCUGAUCAGCCGGGUGGAAGAGACCGGAGUGGUGCUGUCCUUGGAGCAAACAGAGCGACACUCUCGCAGACCCACUCGGCGGGGCGCCCCUGCCCAGAAGGACGCCCUUAAACCUGGGGACAGCCUUGAUGCGCCUGGUCCCCGGAUCCUCGCCUUCCUGCACCCCCCUGCCCUAAGCGAAGCCACCCUGGCUGCUGACCCUCGCCGUUUCUGCAGUCCUGACCUCCGCCGCCUCCUGGCGCCCAUCCUGGAUGGGACUUCAGUAGCUGCUUCCCCCAGCACACCCCCAGCCACACGGCGCCCCCAAAGUCCUCUUCCGGCUGCCCUCCCAGAUGAACUGCUUGUGGGCUUGGGGGAGGCACACAGCCUCUCAGCCUCUGGGGAGGACGUUGAGGCGGUGGAGACAGAUCUAGAUGUGGCUCAGGACGGCGACGCCCUGGACUUGGAGAUGCUGGCUCCCUACAUUUCCAUGGACGACGACUUCCAGCUCAGCUCCAGCGAGCAGCUGCCCAGGGCCUCCCGCAGACCUUCAGGGGCUCUUCUCCGGCCCCGUGCCCGGAGCUUCCACGGCUUGUCACCGCCACCCCCCGAGCCCUCCCUGCUGCCUCGCUGGGGGAGUGACCCCCGGUUGAGCUGCUCCAGUCCUUCCACAGGGGGUCCCUCAGCAUCCUCCCCCAUGGCUGGGGCUCGGAAGAGGGCCUUGGUCCAGACCUCAGAGGAUGAGGAUGAGGGGGUGGAGCUGCUGGGAAUAAGACCCCCCAAACGGUCCUCCAUCCCAGAACCCGAAAACUUCCUGCUGCCUCCUCUCAGUCUGAGCUUCCUUCUGACAGGAAGGCCAGCCCUGGUGAGCCAGCAGAACCCCAGAAUCCCCCUCCUGGACCUAGGCCUUGGCCCCUCGCUGCUCCCUCUCUACCUGGACGAGGAUGCUGCCCGGCCCCGAAGCCGUGUCCAGCCAGCGGCAGGCGUGGCCCAGGCCAACUGAGCCAGCCCCCCUUCCCGUGUCCCUUCUCUUCCCCCAGAAAGGACCUCAGCCACACUCCAAGCCGGCAGCCAACGCACAGGACGGGGCGCCCGGAGAGGGCUCUCUCUCCUCCGAGCGCCCCCUGCCCACCUCGGGCCUACCUCAGCCCCUACCCCCGCUCCCAUUCCGGGGCCUCUGUGGGGUGCUUUCAGCUCAGCGACCUCUGGGAGGGGGUUCCCAGCCCCCUCCUCCUCUCAGGACUUCCCUUGGGGUUCUUGACACUUGGUUACCUCGUAUUCCUGUCUCCAACUCUCUUGGCUUUAUUUUGGGGAGUGAGGGGUGGGGAGGGUGGGAUCAGGCCUGUGUCUCUGGGCUCUGGGAGUACUGAUGUCUGUAAUCGCGUUUUCCUGUCCUUCUGUACCAUCGCUAUUGUUGCUAUUUUCGUGGUAUGUUUUUAAUCACUAUGACUCGCCUGGGGUCCGCGUGAGUGUGGGACUCUGUUCUCCCCCCGCUCAGGUGUCAUUGGUGGGGAGGUUCUGGACCAGACCUCACCCUCACGACUUCUGAUUGAGGCCACAGCCUCUCAGGCUGCCACCCAACUCUGCCCGCUCUCCCACUGUGGGCUCCUCGUGUCCCCUAACCUUGCCCGGACACUGACUGCAUUUGAGGCCUCCUGUUUCGGGGCAACCUCCACCUCCCUCUACUUCCAGGCCAUACGGCCUCCAACCUCCCCUGGUUACAGACCGUACGAACCCUGACCUUUGCUGACUGCAGACUGCACAGUCUCCGGCCUCCGUGGGUGCAAGACUCCACAGCCUCUACCACGAUCUGGGUUAGACCCUCACACCUUCUGCCACCUCCAAAACCCUCUGGCUCCAACUCUCACAAGCUUCCACUCUUUUGAGUCGGAGACCCUGUGAUGUCCAAUCUGCCUUUAAAAAACAUGGUGAUCUCUAAAACUGUCUGGUUCUGGGCCUCACACGCUCUAACUCUGGCCCACGAGUCUAUUACCUCCAGAAUCCUCUGGUUCUAGAACUCACUCUUUUUCUCUGGUUCUAGACUUCCCUAUAAAAGCCUCUUGUUCUAGAUCUCACACCCUCCGACUCCCUCUGAUGCCAGAUCUUAUAACUGAUCACUUCCUCUAGGCAUGGACCCCACAGCUCCAAGCUUCUUGUUGGUUCUAGUCUUCCCGAAUCUAGAGUUACUAAUUUCCAAAUCAUUUAGUUUCACGCCUCAUGAUGCCAAGCUCAUUUCUUUCACCUGCCUACGCUCCAAAGACUUGCUUUCUCAAAAAAAAAAAAAAAAAA